AUGCCUGUUCAAAUUUCCGAGACCGCUCGUCGACAACUCGAUGAAUACUUAGACGCGUAUCCCCGUCCGGGAGCUCCUGGAACUGUAGUCGGCGUGGUCAACAAGCAAGGAGAAUCGAUCUAUCUUAGAAGUGUUGGAGCUAAAAAUUCCGUCACCGGAGAGAAGAUGGAGGAUGAUACCCUCUUCUGGAUUGCAUCAUGUACGAAGAUGCUCACCGGUAUAGCGGCCAUGCAGUUGGUAGAGAGGGGUCUUAUCAGUUUGGAUGAGCCUGUAUCUAAGUUUGUGCCUGAAGUCGCCGAGAUAGAAGUGAUCACUGAGUCAACACCGACAACGAUAAAGACUAGAAAAGCUGACACACCAAUCACUCUACGAAUGUUGUUGACACAUACGUCCGGAUGGGGAUACUCAUGGUACAACGACCACAUUCUAAACUGGGUGAAACAGAAUGAUAAUGAGGUGAAUGGAGACGGGUUUUGGUGCGAGUUGAAUGACAAGACUAACGAGCCAUUGGUAAACGAGCCUGGCACCAAAUGGGAAUACGGGAUCAACAUGGAUUGGACUGGUAUUACUGUUGAAAAAGUGUCCGGCCAAAAAUUGGGAGAAUAUCUCAUUGAGAACGUCUUCACCCCUCUGGAUAUUGACGACUCAUAUUUUGAUUUCAAAGACCGGCCAGAUUUGUUGAAAAGAUUGAGUCCAAUGCACAAGUGGGAUGCCGAGACGGACACAUACGACAUUCGAGAUUUCCCGCAUCUCCUUGUCAAUCCACCAAAUCAUCGGGGUGGUGGUGGUCUUCACACCACUGCCAAAUCGUAUCUUACUGUAGUCUCUGUUCUCCUCAACAAGGGUACAGGGCCCAACGGCACCCAGAUCCUGAAGCCCGAGACUGUUGAACUUAUGUUCAAAGAUCAUUGCGAGAAUAUAAAGGACAAAGGUGGACUAGGCACUGAUGCAAUAAUCAAGAGCACCGACCCAAGUAGGGCUAGUACUGAUUUGGAGAUGCUACCCGGUAAAAAGAAGGGUUGGGGCUUGUCGUUCCUCCUCAACACCGAGGAUAUUUCAAAUGGAAGAAAGGCUUACUCCGCCGAAUGGGGGGGCGUUGCAAACUUAUUCUGGAUGGCUGAUCCUACCUCUGAGAUUGGUAUGAUCAUCUUCAACGACGUCUUACCCUAUGGAUUCCCGGAAUUCUUCAAGCUUGAAGAGAAAUUGCAACACAUCGUGUAUUCAGAAGGAGGACUUGUCGAAGCAUGA